AUAGGAGGUAAGCAGAGUCUCUUUUUGUAGAAAUCAAUAUUCAUGCAUUGUUUUUCCUUUCUUCUUUGUUUACUCUACUUAGGAAUAACCUCACCAGAAAGAAAGAGAAGACAAAGAAACAAAAGUUUCCGAGGCUGUUAAUGACUAGGUGGUACUGAACUGUUGUACUGGUUUCUGCUACGGGUAUGUGUCCAAGGGUCAGGUUCAUCUUCUUCUUUUUUUGGCAUAACGGCACCUUGAUAUCUGCAACCACUUCUCUUUUAGUCCUACCCAUGAAUCUUACAUCAGUUGUUGAAGCCUUGAUUUUCUCAUGUUUUGUGUUCCUUUUUGAUGAAUCCUCAGUAUUCUUCUGAACACACACACACACACACACACACACACAUAUACAUAUAUAUAUCAUGAUUUCACUGCACUUGAGAGUCCUAGGGGCGGGAGCCAGAAAUAUGAGUUAGUUCGUCAAAAUUUAAUUUAAAAUUGUUGAUAACAUAUAUUUUGAUUCAGCCGUUGGGAAAUUAUUUUCUAAUAACCAUGAAAAUUUAACCUACAAAAACCCCUGACGAAACAUAAUAUUUUGGAAAUUGUUAAUGAUAAUAUUCAUGUGUUAUCAAAGAUGCCCUUUUCAUUGUGCACAUAACAAUAUAUCAUUUAUCCAUUAAUCAUCUUUCAAUUGCGGCAUGAAUUCUUAACAAUUUGCACAAUUUUUUUUCCUUCCAUUUGGAUGGAAUAUUUGGGGCAAUCUCAUGACGUGUAGAAUUUUAAGGACAAUAUUACAAUUUCAAUGGGGUCAAAUUUACAAAUUAAUCGCAGACCUGUGACAAUGAUACAAUUUUUAGAAAGUUGAGGGGGGUCAAGUAACCCCACUUGACUCUGCUUCCCUCCACCCAAGUUGAGACUAUACCAAGUUCAAAAUGGGUAAUUGCAUAUAGAAAAUAUAACGUGUUCUGUGAACUUUCACCACAUACAACAUUAUCUAACACCCCCUCCUCCCUACAGGGAUAUGCCCACACUAAUUUCUAGAAUAUUGGUUCUCAGGGUUCAUGACUAUUUUAUUCAACCACAUUAUUUUCCAGUAGUUGCCUGUCUGAUUGAAGUAAUGCUGACAUUAUAUCUUGAUUACUAUUUGCAAGUUUAUUUCUGGUUCUUUGAUUACUUGAAGGUUUGCUUUCAUAGGUUGAUGUUGAAAUUCAAAUGUGUGCCUUUGCAUAGACUCGUGAAUAUUUGGCAGAAAUAGUCUGUACCAAUAGUUUCCAAUAGAGCCUCUAUUGGAAUGUAAAAACACUUCCAAGUUGACCUUUAGCACAUGAUUUUUCUGCAAUUCCCUUGUUCGUCACUGCCUUUUUCGUCCAAAGACAUGGAUUGCAGUCACUGUUGCUUUGUUUGCCACUGCCUUUUUCGGCCAAAACGUCGCUUUGGCCAGUCCCAAAUUAUGGUUUUACCCUGCUUAUGUGGUUUUGCACCUGUGUUUUCCUGCAGUUGCAGAUUUACGAGACCAUUUGGAACAGCCAAUUACCACAGGAGUAUGUCAUGAAGUUCCAGCAGGCUCAAGAGGAUAAGGGAGUGGAAUGGGCAAAAGGGGAGAAUGGGGCAGUUUGGGCAAAAGAUCUGGAGAUACAACAAAGGGCAACCUGGGCAAAAAAUCAGGUGCUACAAAAAUAUUCGUAUGCGAUCUACCAGAAGAUAUGGAUGAAUCAUGGUUAAAGCAGAUCUUCUCUGGUGCUGGGAAAAUUAUGGACGUCUACAUUCCAAGGAAGAGGUCAUUUUGGCUACACCAAAGAUUUGGAUUCGUAAGGUAUGGAAACAAAGAGGAGGGUUUGAAGGCAAUAAAGAUGUGGAAUACUGCUCAAAUCCAAGGUCAUAGAUUGCUGGUAAGAGUGACAAGAUUCAACAAUACCAGAUGGAACAAACAAGGUCAGAAUGCUGGGGUAAGGAAAGUGUAUAGAGUAGUGAAGAACAAAAACCCCAGAGCUGAAGAACCCAAUCGCAUCCCAAAUUCUCAUAAUGCAACUGUGAUGAAGAACCAAAGCAACAGAUUUGCUGCUAAAACAGGGAAAGAAGCUCAGCCAUGUAUCAACGUUUCAGAAUUGGGGAAUGAAUGGUUGUCCAGAAGUGCUAUUGCAAAGCUAUCCCCCUUUAGGUCAAUGGUAUACAUGCAAGAUCAUCUCAGAAAUCUUGGAUACUCAGACAUUAAGGUAUGUCCAAUGGAUAGUGAUAGAGUUGUCCUUACCUUUCCCAACGUUGAAGACAGAUUCUAUUUUCAAUGGGGGAAAGAUGGGAUGUCUCAAAGAAUGUUUUUUGGAAAUUCAUAAGUGGAAUGAUACCAUUUCUACCCAGGGAUCCAGAUUAGUUUGGUUGAACUGCUAUGGUAUCCCACUCCAUGUUUGGAAUGCAAUCACCUUUAAAAAAAUUGGCCAAAUUUGGGGAGAAAUCAUUUCUAUUAGUGAAGAUUCAUUUAAUGUAUUUCAUUCUCUGUUGGUAAAGUACUCAUCUCCACAACUACCAUGGAAACAAUCAAUCAGGUGAUUACUCUUGUUAACAAGGACAGGAGAUACAAUGUUAGAGUAUCUGAGGAAUAAUAUGUGAUCAACACCUUUUUAAGAUCUGAAUGCAGGUGUAAGGGUUGUUCAUUAGCAGAGGAUAAAC